AUCAUGGUGGACCUGUUCAUCGAUCGGGUCCUGCUGAAGAACAACAAGGAACAUGAUGAGCUGAACACAGAGCGAGAGAUCGUCAUGGGCCUGCAGAAUCGCAUCCUGAUGCUCUUCUUCGCCUCGGCUGCAUGUGAUGGCUGCCAGCAGUUUGCUCUCAGGCUCAGCGACUUCUUCAAACAGUUGACCGAUGAAUUCUACGUGGAUCGCUCUGCUCAGCUGGUUCUCCUAUACAUCAGUUUGGACGAUUCUGAGGAGAAGCAAGAGAGCUUCCUCAAAGAGCUGCCCAAGAAGUGCCUGUUCCUGGCCUAUGAGGACCCCUACAGGAGGGAGCUGGAGGCCAUGUUCAACGUGGAGGAGCUGCCCACAGUGGUGGUGCUGCGGCCUGACUGCUCCAUCCUCGCCGCCAACGCAGUGGAGGAGAUCCUGGGCCUCGGCCUGCACUGCUACCGCAACUGGCAGGAGGCAGCGGAGCUCAUCGACAGGAACUUCAUGAUGAGUGAAGACUUCGAGGGGAAGUCCAUGCGCAGCUUCAGCGACCUGUAUAGGAGACUCAAAUACAAGGUGGAAGAUGAGAAGAAGAAAAAGAAGAAGGGCAGAGGUUGGGGUGAAGGCGGAGAGGCGGAGGUGGAUGGAGAAGAGGAAGGAGGAGGAAGAGGAGGGAGGUCAUGGUGA